GUCGGUUAGUGCCGGAGGCGGCGGCGGCGGCGAAGGAGGUAGAAGCAGCCGAGGUCGCAGCUUGCCCCGCCCCCUGUCCUCUCUCUCGCAGCAGCAGGUGGGCAGCGCCAGGUACCUGGCAGGGAGCUAGUUCUGAAGUUUAUACCCUGACGCCGUCAAUACUUAUUGCUACAUGGAGUGAUGAAGUAAUCACCACGCAAAAUUGGCUUGGUAGCAUAAAAAAAAAGAAUAGAGGAGAUGCUUACGUAGGAGAUUUAACCCACAGUGGCUCAUAAUGCUUCUCUGCUGAAGCAGUUGAUCUGUUUCUCUGGAUGCGUUGGUUGCUAUGGGAGAUUGGAACACUGUUACAGUGCCAGCACUGUCGCCAGAUAAUAUCACUUGGUAUACCUCAGGCAGAAACAUGUCCCCCUCAAGCUUAAGUGCACAGCAAGCGCAUUGCUCACCACUGCCUUUGUCCAAAAGUGCGCACAGCUUUUUCAGUGCCUUCUGCACAGAAGAGAAUGUUGAACAGAGCCUCUCCUAUCUUAACAGGGAGCUGACCACGCUGGGCUUCCCUUCGCUUUAUGCAGACUCCAGAGGCAAAGAGUUAAACGUGGUAUCGGUUUUAAACUGUGUGAAUGACAUGCUGCUGCUUCAGCGCAAGACUCUACGAGCUCAGGAAGAAACAGAAACCCAGCAUCUAAAACUGGGUAGCGACAUGGACCACCUGCAGAACAGCUAUACUAAGUUAAAGGAGCAGCUGGAAACAUCUAGAAGAGAAAUAGUUGGACUUCAAGAAAGGGACAGGCAAUUGCAAUGCAAAAACAGGAAUCUACACCAGUUGCUAAAAACGGAAAAAGAUGAGGUACAGAAACUACAGAACAUCGUUGCAAGUCGAGCCACCCAGUACAAUCAUGAUAUGAAGAGAAAAGAAAGAGAAUACAACAAACUGAAGGAGCGCUUUCAUCAACUUCUUAUGAACAAGAAAGAUAAAAAAAUGACCAUGGAUGUUCUAAACUAUGUAGGUAGAGUUGAUGGCAAGAGAGGAGCAUGGAGAACUGGGAAAACAGAAGCGAGAAACGAAGAGGAGAUGUUCAAAGCUCUCUUAAACGAGUACGAACAGCGUCAGAAACAGCUUCUGAUAGAAAAUGCUGAGCUCAAAAAGCUGCUUCAGCAAAUGAAGAAGGAGAUAAUCUCUCUCCUUCCAUCACAGAAGCAGAAACCCAAGGAGAAGUCUGAAGAUGGCAAUGGAACUGUUCUCUCAGACAUGGAGGAGGACUCUGGAGAAGCAAAUAAAGAGAAUGUGUGGGAACUUUCUUGUGAAACGGUGCGUGAACAGCUUGCUAACAGCAUUCGGAAACAGUGGAGAAUGCUGAAAAAUCAUGUGGAAAACCUGGACAACCAAGUAUCGCAUGUGCAUUCUGGGUCACCGAACGAGAAAGAUACAAUCUCAAGAGAGAGCCAUGAGCUAGAAGUCGAAAGGCUGCAGUUGGAAAUUCAGCAGUGCAAAGAGAUGGUAAAAACUCAGCAGCAGCUCUUACAGCAGCAGCUAACUUCUCCAUGUGAUGAUGACACCAAUAUGUUGCUAAAGGACUGUUACUUGCUGGAAGAAAAGGAGAGGCUGAAGGAGGAGUGGAAACUAUUCCGGGAACAGAAGAAGAACUUUGAGAGAGAGCGUAAAAGUUUUACAGAGGCUGCUAUCAGGCUAGGACUUGAGAGGAAGGCAUUUGAGGAGGAUCGCGGGACUUGGCUGAAGCAACAGUUCUUGAGCAUGACUCCUGACCAAAAUAAAUGCGACCACGCGAAACCUCAAAGUGCCUUCUGGGGAAGUACCAACUCAGAUUAUCCAUUAGCAAAUUUCAGGUAUCGCCAAAAGAAACUGAACCACAUGACCAAUGCCUCCAAAUUCUCAGAUGUUUGUCAGGCAGCUCUGCAUAUCCUUGAGAACAGCGCUCCUCCGGAUAAAACGUCCGAUGACCGAAAGCCAAGCCAGCUUAGAAAGGAACAGUUGAGAAAGAUGCAGACUACUGAUGCCAGUCCCGUUGCGCAAGACGAUGUGGACAGCUUGCACAUGCCACUGCCAGCAAACUUAUGCACAGAGCACAUAGAUAACUUGCCUUAGAUUCUUGGACCCCCCUCUCUCUCUCUCUCUCUCUCUCUCUCUCUCUCUCGCUCUCUCUCUCUCUCUCUCGCUCUCUCUCGCUCUCUCUCUUUGCUUAACUGGAUGUGUCCAUAAACUUUCGUUUGGCGAAACAGGGUGUUUGUUUUUCAUGGAAUCAAUCAGCGGACAUUGAUAGCGGUUGUGCUGUAUGUGUGGCUUUUUAAGGAUUCCCCCCCUCCAUCCCAGCCCUCACUUCGGACCUUUCCUGUCUGUACCCUUUGGAAGGCUGUUUAAAAAUAUAUGUCUUGAAACAGAUUAUAUUCUUAGAACAGAAGACGUUCUUGGACGGAAGGAAUGUUUGAAUCUUCUGAUAGUGAAAUUGUAUUUUUUACUUCAGGUACUAGUAGUGCUUUUAGCACUAGUAUGGGGGAAUAUUCACUUGUGUCUCAAGUGUAACUGGCAUUGAAACUCUUCCCCCCCCCCCAACUUGAAUGUACAGCAUAUUGCAGGUGAUUAACACGGCAGGCUCUAUAUUUAUUGUGUGACUUUGGGAUUACCUCUUUUCAUAAAUUAAAAAGCAAGGUAUUAGCUUGCACAUAGAUGGAUACACACACACACACACACAUUAUAACGUGUCAUUGCCAUGAAAUUAAAUUCACAGGUCCCAAAAAAUCAUAGUAUUUUACAUGCCAAUUGUCACAGAGGUGUUUUUUUAAAAAAUUGUGAUACUAUGUUUACAGAUGGGGGAUUUUUUUUUAAUGCUCAGAGAAAAAGAACCUUAUAACGCAUCUGCAAAAUAAAUGUAAUAAGUGUAUUCUGCAAAAUACA